UUGUCGUUGUCAUAUUUCAUGGCGCAAGAUGUUUUUAGCAAAAUGGCUGAGGAGCAGUGGAUUCUUAAUGAAGAUGGAUAUUUAAAUAUAGAAACAAAUGUUAAAGAAAUAGUUUAUCAUCCUUACCUUAACGUCAUCCUAAUUUGUACACAUACUGGAGUAGUGAAAGUUCUCGAUGUGAAUUCUGGCGUAAUUCUGCACUCCAGUUAUCUCUCAGCCCAAAAUCUUUCGGAUGUUAAGUGCAAGUACAUUCCAUCUUUGGACAAAGUAUUAUUCACAGAUGGACAAGCACUGGGUGUGAGGUCUGACUACAAUGGUGUUUUAUUGCUUGACAGUAUUCUUCAAAAGAAUAUCAAUGAUGGCAUAGAAGACGUAAUACUAGAGUUGCCCCUUUCUGAGGCCAUUAUUUUGCGAGAGAGCCUCUCUUCCAGCAAUAUCCAUGGUGUAGAGGAAGUUAUAAAUGUACUUACAGAAGUUAUUACAAAUGCCCAACAACAUCAUAAAAAGGGCAUUAAAGCACAGAAGUGGAAUACUGUUUGCCUUACCGUUCCUUUAGACGAUUUGAGAUAUGCUACAUCAACAACUGUAAGCAACCUAUUGGCAAAGAACCAACAUACUCCCGAAUUAGGCAUAGCAUCGGCCGUUCAAGAGCGAUUGUCGGAUUUGCUAGGGGAAAAGGUCAAUGCAACAGACAGAAAAUCGAUGGCAAGUGAGUGGAGACGAAGAGAAACCUAUUCACAAUGGCCUCAUAUGGAUUACAAGUGGGCUCUACCAGAUCAAAUGGCCCAAGCUGGUUUCUACCACCAACCUAAUUCAGCGGGUGAUGAUCGUGCCAUGUGUUUCACGUGUUCCGUUUGUUUAGUUUCUUGGGAACGUACAGACGAGCCUUGCAGUGAACACGAGCGGCACUCCCCAAAUUGCCCUUUUGUCGUUGGCGAAUACACCCAAAAUGUUCCUUUGUCUGUCACAUAUGCAACAUGUCCAGCUGUGGAUGCGACUUACAACGGUUCUAAUGUUAAAGUUCUGGGUCGUAGUACGGUGUACAAUUAUAUGCCUACAGCAAACACAGAUGGUUUGAUAUCAGUGUUCGAUGUAACAGGAAAAGUUAAACGGGCUAACAUCUUCUAUGUGACGCAUUUAGAUUCGGUUAUUUUGGAUAAAUAUACGCAAGAUUUUGCAGAGUGCCACGGUUGGCCUAGCAGUGACUUAAAAAAAAGUGUAGUCGAUAAAAAAGUCACGGCAAUUUGUAUAGUUGGGGACAAAAGCAGUAACUCAAAUAAAUCUAAACCGUCUAGACCCUCUGUAAUUUGUGGAUUGACUCUCAUAAAUUCUUGUCAGAAACAGUCCCAACUAGAACAAAUAGAAACUAGCAAAACCGAUUAUAUGUUGUAUUUAGUCGUUUAUGAUUUUACUUAUAAUAAACAUGCAGAGGAAACAACGGAUUCAGACAAUGUUCAAUGUGAUCAAUCCUUUGUUCCACUUGAGGAAGUUGAAAAAAUCCUAAAGGAACCCCAAGAGAGUUUCUCCGAAAUAUUCAAUAAUAUAGAUCCCUUGUUAUUUUAUAAAACUCUUAUACCAGGAGAGAGUGAUGAAGUUUUUAUGCCACCACCUGUUACAAUGAAGAAAUCCCAUAAUGGACCGAAGGUGCUUAUUUUCGACGAAUACAACAGUGUAAAUAAACCAGAUUCUUCCUCCAGUAACAAUCCUUUAAUUACUAAUGGACCGUUAAAUAAUGCACAUAGUGAUUUAAGUAUAUCAGACCAUAUAACAGAGGUUAAAAAUAGUACAUCCUCUAAAAAACUUAGUUAUUCAAAAGCAAUUCAAUGUGUUAGACUGCCGGCACAAUGCAGGAGCAGUGAAUUUCUAGAAGUAGCAGAUAUAAUACCCACACAUGAUCAAAAUCAUGUACUCGUCGUUUUGAAAAGUUCGAUUAGUUCGCAAAGUUUCCUGGUGAUAUAUCCUCUCGAUACAUCCGAUAAAAUGGUUAAAAUUAAAGAUGAAGCAGUAUUAGUUAGAGAAUUAGCCAGUAAUGAGAAACCGUUAGAAAUAAAUUUAUUACCAACAAUCGACAAAUUCGGCGAUUUAUCUGAAAUAUCGUGCGACGCCGAAGGCAACGCUGUUAUGGUUUGCGUCGAUGGAUUAGUUAGAAUAGUUAACUUAUCUAGUUUAAAAAUAAUUUGUUACGCUAAACUCGAUUGUGAGGGAUUCAUUUCUGCUGCUUAUGUCAAUAGUUUGGAUAGGCUGUGCGUCUCCACGGAACAGGGUUCUCUUCAUUUUUACGCUCUAAACAACACGGAAAAUGAAUCUAGCGAUGAUCAUGACGAUGACGAUGUGUUUGGAAUGCACGUGGACGGCAGCAGCGUCACCUCUCCACCAACUGAUGUUUUAGAUGGCGUCGAUCUUCCGAAAUGUUUUCAAAAACCUCCAGACGUUAUCCCGUUGCACGAUUUGAAAACUUUAAAAUCGCUUUGCGAUUUCGAACCCCUGCGAACUGGUUAUUGCGUGGUGGUGCCGCCUUGUUGGAGCGAAUUUCAACAGUCUUUGAGACAGAGAAGACAACCGCAAUGCGAAGGAGAACAAAAUUCCAAAACGUGGAGGCUUUUAACAGACACCACUACUUGGGAUGAACAUAUUUUCGAAAUCACCCUACCGAAUUCAACUAUAUUGGGUCACGUUGACGUUCAUUUCACACUGCAACCUUGCAGCAGUUCACCUUAUGUAGAAAUUACUCUUCUCAGACAGAACAAGAACGGUAUAGGGCAUAAGAAAGAUGUCAAAUUCGCAGUCGAUGAAACGGUAACAAUAGAUAUGCUGCAAUGGGUUGAUAAUCCCGUAACAUCCCAAGAAUAUUUAAGAGCUCAUAACGCAGAUAUACUCGCGGGUCCUAUUGACUUAGCCUCGCACUUGGACUUAACGGAACAGAGCGGUAUUGUUACAUUGACAAGUCCAAAACUAUGCAAAACUAAAGUCCGGAAUUUACUACUUCACAUUCGGGCGGUAAACAUCAAAGACGACGAUAAUAAAAAUAAAGCUAAAAAAUUCACCGAUAAAUCUUCAAACAUAAGUAUUGAUAAAUUAGCUUUACCAUCUAGAAUGAACAAUUUUUACAUGGGUUGCGACGUUAUACACGAACUUAGCAUAAGUCUCCACGCAAUUAAACAUUCGGACAAUUCGAAGGAACGUACCCAAGGGAAUAUGCUAUUAGAAUCUAACACAGUUGUUGAUUCUUUGCUUCUAACCUCGAUUUCCAGUACUAAUUCUGAAGAAAUCGGUCUCGUAUUGGACAUACUAGAUUGGAUAGCAUCCAUAAGAUUAAGCAGGAACAGGAGCAAUUUGGGCGCAGCGCCCAGCCAACAACUAGACUUUAUAUCAACAGUGCAGGAACAUUUGACCACACUUUUACAUCAGUGUUUACUACUCGGCGGAAGAAGCAUUGCUCACAAAGUUGUUAGAUUAAUAAUUACUUGUUGCAGCGGAGCGGAAAACAUAAGUCCAAAUUGCGGCGAACAAUUCAAUUCGAUUGUGCUAAAUUCGAUUUUCUCCAUUUUGGACUCGAUAACCCAAAUCAAAUCUGCGGCAGGUCUACAAUGGAUGUUUUCUCUGUUAUUAAAAGUAUCGACAAAAAAUCAAGAGGCUCUGAUAGCGUGCAAAUGUACAUCUCUUCUGAAUUUCAUAGCGAACGUGUUAUUAAGCAGAACAAAUCCGUAUCACUUAAUAUUAAGGAGCCGUUACGGCUUGUACGGUACACCUAUGGAACCGGAAUUGUUUGAUGUCGAACCACCACCGUAUGUUAAAGGAGACAGAUGUUCAACUUAUCUUCUCACAUCCAAUAAUGCAGGACAAUCCCCUCAAGAACCGUCUUCUCUUAGCGUUUCUAAUGCCGCUUGCUAUUCCUUUAACAAGGAAAAUAUUAGCCCAAAAGACGUUCUUUCAACAUCUACAACUAAACUUAAAUAUAAAAAUAUCGCUUCUUUUCGUGUAAUAAGAGGUCUCAUUGAAACUCAACCGCUACAUUUUUCUUGUAUUUGGUCAAGUGAAGGUACAAGAUUAGAAAGAGCCGAUUCUACUGUUAAUCCAGCUUCCUAUUUGAAUAAUAUGCCUAUAAAUGUUUCUUCGUCGACUCCCAACGAACACUUAGAGGAAAACGUUGAGAAAAUCAUGGAUAAGCUGAAAAUGAUGAAAGACCAAGUCAACAAAGGCAAACCUGGAUACAAUAAGUGGGUAAUAGAGAUGCUACAGGAAUCCGGUUACCUGGAAGAUAAAACAGUUUUUGGUAUAUCCGAAAAUAUUUACAUUACUCCAAAAAUUGCCGUGCAGGAAAAUUCGAUUACCGUACCAAACGAGACCGUUAAAAUCACAACAAACUCAUCAGAAGAAAUAAAAACAAUAAAUAGUCACGUUAACGGUUUACCCUGGCAAGAACUUUUGACUGUUCCGCCAAAACAAGUUAUUGUAGUGGAACGAAUGCAUUCCGGAGCUAGAAGGCACAUAACUUUAGAUUUUGGAAAGCCGAUUUUAUUAACGGACGUAUUCAUCCCCGCUUGUUCGGAUUUGGUCACCCUCACCAUUGAUAUAUGGUUACACGGAGAAGAUUACGAUGAAACUCGUUUAGUAGUUGCUAUGGAUAUCGGUACAAGAAAUUUAUUGCUAACCGAUUUACAACCUCCGCCCUUAUGCAGAUACAUGAAGAUAACCGUUGUUGGGCGAUAUGGAAUGUCGACGGUUAGAUGUCGAAUCCCUUUGGGUUACUUCUACGGUCACAUUUCGAUGAUGCCAGAAGAACCUCAACAACCUGUCGCCCAGACUUCCACCACUACCGAUUUGGACAAACAGCUGGGAAUCUUAUCGAAGCUUUUCGAAGAUAUAAGUUGCAGAUACAGCUUGGCUUGUUCGAAACUGAAAGAGCUUUUGCAACCUUUUAUUAUAUCCGACAUGAAAAAUGCAGCUCAUUUGGUUACGUACAUGAACAUUUUAAAAGAUAGAAGUACUAACGUUAACAACGUCGAGCACAGCAAGAUUUUCGGAGCUUAUCAAGAGACUAUCAGAUAUCAAUACCAAUUGAACAUAAUCCGGAGUGUUAUGUUGAGAAUCGAAGGGAACAUAAGCUACAAAGAAAAUCAACUCGACUCGGAGAUAUCGACCGAUAAACUAACUUCAAUAGCCGAGGGAUUGCUCGAAGUAUUGCUAUCGAUCGAUUCUACGAACGAAAUGUCGAACGAAGUGUGCCAGCAAUUUUUCAAAGGACUUUGCAUGACCCAAUCGUCUAGACUGCAAUUACUAGCUGCCAUAUUUUUGGAGAAAAAUUGCGGGAAAUCGCCGUUCUGGGGCGAUUUCCUGGCCGAUACGUUAGCAGAAAAUUUUUCCACUUCGUGCAUUUUAAGAUUUCCACAAGAUCGUCUGUUCAUUUUACUUUCGUACCUCAGUCGAAAAUCGUCAGAGAAAAGUGCUGUAAUAGACGCGGCAUUGAGAAUCGUACAUGAUACACUAAGUCCUCUAUCGACUAACCGCAGGCCGCUUCUCGCCGCUACAAUUGACCUACCAUUACUCUCCUGGCAAUUGAUGUACCUCUCUCUGCAAUUGUCUUUAUGCAAAACGUCCACGUCUUCGGCUAACAGGUGGAAUUGGGUGCUAGGUGAAAUGAUCGGUGCUAAAAACGUGGAUAAUUCCAAAGCGAAUAGCAGAAAGAAGAAUGGUAAAAGAUUAGCUCAACCUUCUGGUAACACGUUACCCAGCUAUUCGAGUAUAGUGGUACAUCCUGAAAAUAUCUAUCAGCAAAAACUGAAAAGCAUGUUGGUUCACGACAAAUUAGCCAGGUUGAAGUAUAUGAAAAAAUUACAGGACGAGGGCAAACUGAACAAUAAAGAAAAAAAGGACCAAUCGCCGGAAAAGCCGAAUUUGUUAUUAAAAACACCUCAGUUUGUAGAUAAUAACCACUGUUUAAUAGUAGCAAAAGCUCUUUUACAAUUGGUUUUAUCAAUGGAUCAUUCUAGUAGCGCCGAUAUGUUAUUAUUAUGUUUCAAGGUUAUAUCAAAAUUAGUGUCGCUCGCAAAGUUGCAAUUGGGCCAACUUUUGAAAGAAAAUCAAUUGCUCGAGCUAAUUCACUUCUGCAUUUCUAGCAAAAUUCCAUGGGCACCGUUUGCUUUGGCUUGCUUUUUGCAAGAUGCAAUUGAACUUAGCUCUGUCAAAAUCGAAGAUAUCGAAAUGGAAACAGAUCCAACUAUUUCUACGAAUUGGUCACAAAAUGAUUUGUCUACUCCCGAUUCCGAGAACGCUAUUGACAAUUUCAACGUAGACGCUUUAGUGGCUGAGACCUCCAAUAUUUCCAAUAUACAGACGAAUUCGAGUACGCUUAUUCAAAAUUAUAAAGAUCAGCUAGAUGUGGAAGCGGUCGAGUCAUUGUUAUUGAAAAAAUCCAAUCCUCCUAUAUUAAAUAACAACAAUUUUCCACCGCUACCAUCUGUGUACGAAUCGGAAGAUUCGGAUUUCGAGGAAAUCUUGGACGAUUCUCAGAAACUUAAAUCGGUGUCGUGCAAAGGACCUAAACCGGUAUCACUGUCAAAUUCCGGAUUGUCGUGUGCCAUGGACCUGAGACUCGAAUUAGGAGUACAAUCGAAUUCCGAAAUAACUAUUAAGAAACUGAUAAUACAAAACACGCAAUUGUUACUUCAAAAUAUAUCAUUCGAAAAUUCCCAAAAGGAAAGCAACAACGAAUUGAACCCUUGGCCGGUUUCUACCGAAAAUUUACCGCCCGAAUCAUCGUUGAAUAACCAAAAAAUGCUCUCGUAUUGCUUCACUUCCUUGUUUGAAAAUAUCCAGAACCACGACCCUCUGAGAAUCGAACACAUUUUGCAGUUGUGGUUGACGCUAAACGUAUCCAACAAAUACGAACACUUUGCUCCCGGUACCAUUCCGCAAAUAACACUCGGCUGUAGUUCCGUUAACUAUCUAAUCAGCGCGAUGGCCUGGACGCCCGGAUUAUCUUUGACCACUUGGUGCAGCGCUCUGCAAACUUUAACGCUGGUUUGCAACAUGAACAACAGCAAAAAAUGGUUCGAUUUAUCCGGCAUGGCGAACACCAUUGUCAAUCACGCGAAUUUCGUGCAGUUUUUCCUAAACCUCCUCUCCGGCACUGGCCCCGUUUUCAACGGAAAAAUAUUAGCUGGCCCGUUGCUGUGCAAAGCGCUACACGAGUUUUUAGUGAGAUUACAAAUGCGAUGCGACGUCGUGAGCCCCACAUGCAAAUUGGGAAACCUCUUGAAAUCGACGCUCUUAAAAGUUACUUACCAAUUGACUCAACCUUCCGGUUCCGUCGCUUGCAGAUUGGGACCUUUAGAUGCGCAAUGCAAGUUAUUGCAAACGAUGUUGUAUUUAGAUUUUACUAAUUCGGAUUUAAGCAUCGCGAUGAGCACUUUGGAAAGUACUGCUGCCCUAGUAUACAGUUACAUUAUAAAUUCAGAACGAGUAAAGUGCAUAAGCCUCGGGGAGAAGCAAGGCGUCAUGACCAGUACAUUUAGCGACAUAUUUGCCAGCGUGUUGGGCUCCGAUUCCAACAAACAAGACAGGCAGGUGUCCUACGAGGAUCUGCUGAUAUUAAUGUUGAAAUUGUUGGGCAAACUUGUUCAAACGCCUCUACCGAAUCAACAGGAAGCGAUGGAUACCGAACCGGCAGCGACAUCUCAAACGGACGAAAGUAAAGCGGAGCAAAUUAACCAGGAAAGCGGCCGCUCACAUAGCGCUGUCAUACCGUGUUUUGCUGAUGUUGUUCUUCAACAUCAUCCGACCGUCAUAAGAUUAUGUCGUUGUUUGGCGGCGUGCAAAUCUUCAUCGCUGUGCAUGCUCGCUAACGUUUCGCAAAAGGUGGCUUUUUCGACUUUAAGCGAACCGAAUACCGUCGGCGAUGCCAUCUUUCAUUUGCUAGCCUUAUUAGCCAGGAAGGCUUCUUCUAAAGAUUUAUUACUAAGGCCUUUACUAAUGUUCCUGUCGCAAGAACCGCAACUCAGCGAGCCGUUGUUGUGGUAUAUAUUGCAAAUUCUUGAUACGGAAGAGGCCAUCCAACAGUUCUUUGAUGCAGGUGGUAUAACGAUACUAGGCAACAGUAUCGUGAAUAGUACUAACUCUCCUAGUACGCUUUCAAAAGUAGGCACAAUUUCAACAGUAAUGCAGCAUUUCAGCGGUGUAAACGCAUCGCCCGAUUCCAAAACCGCCGUUUCGGGUCAAUCCACGCAGAAGAAAUUGAUGCAGUCUUCUCUUGAAAAUAAAAUGUCGUUGAUAAACUUCGCUCCUUACUGUACGAUAUCGUGCGAAUCCAGCACAGCCCAAUCCGCCGACGUUUUAAUCCAAGGCUAUACGCACAGAAGAGCCCGAGCGGCCUUAUGGUCCUAUCAUUUUUAUCCGGAAGAAAACCACACGGAACUGAUGCUACAAUUGCCGAGCGCCAUUCUACUAAGAGAAGUACAAUUACAACCGCACGCCGGAAGCUUAGCCACGUCCCCUUCCUACGUCGCCCUGGAAGUUUCGGCUAACGGACCGUCGAAUUUGUCACCGGUUUGCCUGCCGUUGCCCACGAGCGGCCUGACGUACAUCCGCAUGCACCUGCCGGUGCCCAAGGUCGUGAAUUGCGUGCUGAUUAGAUUGUACAAGCCGCGCGACGCGAGCACCAUCGGUCUCAUCCAAAUCCGACUGCUCGGCAACUACGCCUUCGGCGGUAACGUGAUGCAAGGCGCUGACGCCGAGGACGAGUCGCAUUGCAAACACAGCCUCGGCUGGUUGAGAUUGUUGCACCAUUGCUUCACCCUUACGACGGACAACGAGGCGAAGCGCCGGAUAAUCGAGUGCGCUUCUCGGGUUCCCAAUUUGUUGACGACUUGUUGCGGUUUGUUGUUGGUGCCGUCGCAUAUACUGCCCGUUUACUUGCCUUGUUUGGAAAAGGUAUUGAGAGAAUUGGCUUUGCAUAGCCCCGAGAAUGGUUUCGACGCGAUUAGAGUUUUACUGGACAGUAGAUCCGGAAUCGAACCUUUGAUGGUAUCCGACGUGAAUUGGCAGGAUAGAUUAAUUAACAUUUCUGGUUACCAAUCGGCCUGCGAGUUGCUGUUUCAGAUAUGCGAACAUCAAGAUACUUACACAUCUUACCGAGUUCAGAUAAUUUUGGAAUGGUUAGAGAUGACGACUUACGAAGCGGUGCUGACCCAAAAUACGAAUAAUUGUAAUGCCGCCUACUUUUCGAGCAUAGCAUCCAUUUUGUGGACGGCGAAUCAAUCUGAAGUCGAAUACGAUUUGAAAUCUCUCGUAUCCGCGGAGCUUUUUAACUCGAUCUAUCUUUUAAAGACGCAAGCGGAGGACAAUGCAAGCCUUAAAUAUUCCUUGGAUUCGUUGCUUUGUUCGAUUUGUUACAUAAUUCCGGAAUUUUUCCCGAUGUUAUUGAUGAAAAUUGGAGUGUUGAUACCAAAUUUAUCGACCGAUCACAAAGCUUCUAUCAGCGACGACAGAAAAGAUUCUGAAGGUUUAACUGACGACAAUAAAGGCGUGUAUGAAGGUACUUCGGAAUGGUACAGUCAUUUAGUGAUAGGUAAACUGUCGAAUUUAACCUUAACCAAAGAGCAAUUAGAAACAAUCGCCUUGGUGAGCAAAUCCCCCAUAUCUAUUCAGCAAUUAUUAGACUCCGGAUUACCUAAACUGUUAAAUUGUGCAAUAUUUGAAUUCUGCCAAUCAGAAAACGAAUCCACAGUGCCUAUGGCUAGACUCGAAAACGUGACGAAUAUUCUGAAAUUCUUUACCGACUUAAGCGACGAGAAAAUGAUGAGAGACUGGUUAGGUUCUGAAGAUGGUUCUUCAUUUUGGCUUCACCUCCUUAAAUGGUUAUGUAAAAAACCAGUCGCUAAAAUAUCCAAUCUGCAAAGUGAAGCCCACGUUCAUUUAGAAGAAGUGUGCGUGAAAUUUUUAUCGAAAUGUUGCUUGUGCCAUGCCGCAAAUCAAGCUAGAUUAGCGAGGGUACUUUGCGACGUAAUCUAUCUACAAUCCAACGGUAUAUCCGGUUUCAUGCGAAGAUUAAUACUGCAACUGUUACUCGAAAACGAAAAGAUACCGGUCAGCAUCGAAGCCGACGAAACUUUGUACAAAAGCGCAAAACUAAUGCAAAGCUACAUACCGUCACAUCCAGCGUUCAAGCAAACCUACAAUCGCGCCAUGCUGUGUCUCAGCACGAACACGACGCUGCUGGAAAUCCUCGAGCAGCACAUAUUCUUCAAAAUGUCCUACAAAUCGGAGCUGUCUCUCAACAAGAAAUCGAAUUUCGCGGCUAAAAAGGACAUAUUCAAGUCUUGGUUCGCGGUCGAAGAACAGGAGAUGAGCAUGGCCGCCGGCGUCACCGCCAAAGACAAACGUGCCAAAGACGCCAAAAACCAAAUGACGGCGACGCCGCAAUCGAAAAAGAAAAGGUACGCCGCUGGUUCGUCGAACGCCAAUGAGGUGAUCGAAGGAAGAAUCAUCAAGUGCGAAUCAUUCUCCGACCAACCACUGCCGCUUACUGUAAAUUUGGGUCAACUUCUGAGACUGAUGGAGUCUAAAGGAACUACCACUGAUUGGCCUUAUGUACAUUUGAAAAUCUACCAGUGCAAAAAUAAUGAAGAUAAAUAUAACAGCGAGGUGAAUUCUUCGGUUCUUCAACAACCACCAAUUUGUAGUGCCUUACAAGUAUUUAGUUCGAUGGGUGGGCUUGCAUUGCUGGCCCAACACCUUCCAACUAUUUAUCCUGAAGCAAUAAGGUCGGCUAUUUUGGAAAAAGUACCACCCGAUACAUCCGACUCUGAAUGGAUUAAAUUAGAUGAAUCAGAUGAAGCUUACGAGGACAUUCUAGAAGACGCCAUUGGGACCAAUUCGCCCACAAAAUCAUCUAUACUCAUUUCUCAUGUGCCACCACAUUCUUUAACUGCAUUUGGACUUUUUUUAAGAUUGCCGGGAUACGCGGAGGUGUUGCUGAAAGAUACAAAAAAAGCCUUAUAUCUUCUUCGGUUGACUUUGGGCGUCACUGACGAUGGUGAAGGUGGAGAUAUUUUUACAUCUCCUGUAUCCGAUUCUUUGCCUACUCUACCGUUCGAAGUAUUAAAGAAAUUAUACGAUGGAACACCACUUGGUACCGACGAUGGGCGUUUGUUAAGGCGAAUUAGUAUUAACAUAGGCGUAGUACAUUUACUUUUAGGUUGUAUCGGUAUAUUUUCACAUCAGUUUAACGCCAACGGUUCAGAUAGAGAAAGUUCGAAAAUCAAAGAAGAUAAAUCGCAAUUGUACUGGGCGAAAGGAACUGGAUUUGGAACAGGCUCAACACAGCAAAGUUGGAACGUAGAACAGGCUCUAUUGAAGCAAAAGAGCGAAGAAGAACAUGUCACUGUUCUUUUGCAAGUUUUAGCAAGCUAUAUUAACCCCAACGACGACGCAGAAGACGAAUUGACUGAAAAUGUUCUACCUCAAGGGUUCUACGAUUUAUUGGUUCAAAGUGCAUUACUACCUGCUGUUUGUUCAUAUUUAAGAAAUGAUUCAGUGUUGGAUAUGGCUCGACAUAUUCCAUUGUACAGAGCAGUUCUACUACUAUUGAGAGCAAUAGCAGUUAGCAGUCAAUUGAUAAGUUUGCUUCUACCGCAGAAAAAUAAAAACGGCGACCCUUCAGUUAGUUCUUUGUUAAAAAACAUGAAGAGCUGUGUGGAUACAUACGCUUCCAAGCUAAGAUUAAAUACGAAAAGCAAAGCGAAAAGCAAACUGGGCGAACAGUUAGAAGACAUGGAGCAGGGCGAGGGAUUGGCUACAUUGAUGCCCGACAUUCAGAACACCGCAAAUUUGGUGUCUAGAGUAACUACUGGUUUAAUCGAUUCAGAUAGCUCAUACGACAGCGAGAAUUCUGUAGAUAAGAAAAUCGUUGUUUCUUUAGAUGAACAGUAUUUGAAAAUUAUGAAAAAUUUACAAUUUUCAUCAUAUGAAAUGAUUACAGAAUUACCUGAAGGAGGUAUUAAAUUUGUGGUAUCGCAUCAUUUCGAAAGUAAUGUUAAGACGACUAGUGAGCAAUCGCAUCCCACUAGAGUGAAAAGGAUAGCGCAAGAGGCUGUGACAUUAUCAACUAGUUUACCUUUAAGUUAUAGUAGUUCCGUUUUUGUUAGAUAUGAUAAUUCGCGAUUGGAUGUAAUGAAAGUACUAAUAACAGGACCUGCCGAUACUCCAUAUGCAAAUGGAUGUUUUGAAUUAGACGUUUUCUUCCCGCCAGAUUAUCCAUUAUCUCCGAUGAUGAUAAAUUUAGAGACAACGGGCCAUCAUACAGUCAGAUUCAAUCCCAAUCUUUACAAUGAUGGGAAAGUUUGCUUAUCUGUACUUAAUACUUGGCAUGGUAGACCGGAAGAAAAAUGGAACGCACAAACUUCCAGUUUCUUGCAAGUUUUAGUGUCCAUUCAGAGCUUAAUUUUAGUUCCAGAACCGUACUUUAAUGAGCCAGGUUACGAGCGAGCAAGAGGUACACCUGCAGGAACUGCCAGUUCUAAAGAUUAUAAUCUAAAUAUAUGUCAAGCUACUGUUCGAUGGGCAAUGUUGGAACAAAUUCUAAAUCCUUGUCCGUGCUUUAAAGAAAUCAUCCAUGCGCAUUUUUACAUGAAAAGAUUAGAAAUAUUGGCACAAGUCGAGAAAUGGAUCGAGGAAGUAGAGUUGGAAAUAACCAAAGAGAAAAAAGUAUCGAGAACAAACAAGAAGUCUCCUACCAUCACUCUAGAGUCGUUCAAGAAAGUCUACCAACAAUUAAGGGAAGCUCUGGUGAAACUGAAACCACCGCCCGAACUAGAAGAAGAUGAUGAAGAUCUUCCAUUAACUCCAACUAAUAAUAUUGAAGUUGCUAUUGAUGUACAUCAAGUAGAUAACAUGGAAAAAGACAUGGUAAAAAUGGUGAAUGAUAUGUGCGAAUGAAGAGAGAAAAUAUAUUGCAUUUAUUAUCAUUUUUUACUGUACAUUUCAAUUUUGUUCCAUACGGCAAUAUUUUAUAUACUUUUUUGCAAGUUUUAGGACAAUUGGUUUUUAUUGUGUACUUUGAUUAUUCGCGCAAAAAAAUUGGAAGAUCUUCAAUAAACAUAAUAACAAAGUUACCAUCUUCGUAACUUAUGUCAUUGUUGUAGAUUAACAGAAACUAAAUUAUUCCUUUAAUUCUAAAAUUGUUUAUAAAUAAAUAAAUGUGAUGAUUUAAAAUAAAAUGACACCGUUUUAAGUUAUUUUAUUUACA